AUGUCCAGAGAAAUCCAAGCUCUGGCUCGGAAAUUUCGGCCACAUCAAUAUUUUUGCGAUGCCACAGUGAGCAAAGCUGUUAAGUAUGACAGAGCUACUGGAACCUCUUACUUGGAAUUUGAUGAGGCCCAUUCAUCUAAAAAGUCUAGACGAUCUUUCCUAAAAGCAUUGGUUAUCGCUGCUGAUGGAGCCUGUCCACAUAAUGGAACCUCUCUGGCAACAAAAUCAUCUUUUGGCGUAUUCUUCGGACCGGAUUCACCACUUAACACAUGUGAUUUGAUUGCAAGGCCUCCAGGAGAAAGGCACACCAACAAUUAUGCCGAGUUAACAUCGGUUCUUCACGCACUUGAACUUGUCACACAUCAUAUCACCCUGCGCAAAUGGAUCAUUGAGAGAGCUAAGAGAGUCAAGAACAGGGCUAGAAAAGUAAUGGUGAUUAUAAUUGUUGAUUCAGAGUUCGUUGAAAACUGCCUUACCAUGUGGAUUCAGGUCUGGUCGAAAAACGGGUUUAAGACUGUUGAAGGAAAGCCGGUUGCCAACAAAGAUCUCAUUUUACGUAUCCAACAAAUAUUUGAGCUGCUUCAAGACAAUGUUGAUAUUCGACUAUGGCGUGUUGGCAGGAAGCAAAAUAAAGAUGCACAUGGCCUGGCUAAGCGAGCACUUCAAAUGCAACUUAGACUUCCCGAGGAACAAGACAUUGCUUCGCCAAGCCUUCGAUACUUCCGAGACUGUAUUCGCACGAGCGACCCACGAGUGAUGAAAUUCUUCACUGAAGUCGGCUUGCUCUCUCUGCAAAAGAAUUGUAUGGAGAUGCACCUGGGUGAGAUUAUUAUGUAUAUGGUAAUGGCUGGAAGAGAUCGCGCAGAGAACUUCACGACCCUGUUCGGACCAGAGCACCAUAUUGAUCAUCAUUGUAUUAUGUACUGGGAGCUGAGCCGCACAGUCUUCUACCUUAUGAUGUAUAAGCCUGGUCACUGUUCCUAUCCCGAUGGCCCUGCUUGGGAACCUAGGACGAGCACAUUUGAAUAUGGUUUUGCCGGCGGAUACCCAAGACCUGUCGAUUCAGAUGAGGCAGUCAAGUUACAGAAGUGGUGCAUCAGCAACCAUAUAUUCUCCGAUGGGGAACGUCUCACGUCGUUAUUGGAGCUCAUAUCUAAAGCCCGAUCAACAUUCGGUCAUGAUGAGAACAAUUAA